AUGUUGGAUGGUAAUAACCAGGCCGUACUCGGGGGCUCCGAACCUGGAGGUUCCCUGCAGUCGCCGUUCAGAUCGGCUUUCGCUCCCCGCAAGCAGUCCUUCUGCACUGAUCCCGAAGGAUGGGGCCCCCUCAGCCCGACGGGAUUCCACGUAACUCCAUGCUUCAUCGAUGUGAUCGUUGCUGUGGUCGCCGUAUGGGGGAUUUUUGCCGGUGCUGGUGCGCUAUAUCUCCUGUUGAAGAAGCGUAUUCCGCAACCCGUCUCCAAGAAUUGGCAUUUCUAUGCCAAGCUGGUCGUUCUCGCCUCCCUCAUUAUCGUCACUGCGCUUCAAGCAGCCCUGCAAGCCGAGACCCAGCCGAAAACCUUCUGGGCCGACUUCCGAUUCUGGUCUUCGAUCGCGACACUCGGCUCUCUGGGCGUGAUCUACGUGGUGCAAUACUAUGAGCAUUGGCGGAGCAGGCAGCCGAAUGGCGUUGUAUUGUUCUACUGGCUCUUCUUCAUCAUCGCCUACGGCAUCAAGUUGCAGUCCCUCGUUUCGCGCAAGGACUAUGUUAAUCAACUCCCGUAUUUCAUCCUCAUCAACAUCAGCUUGGGAUUGGCGCUGAUCGAGUUUUUGCUCGAAUAUCUCGUUCCCAAGAAGCAAAGCGCCUAUGACGCUCUUGGCGACGAAGAUGAAUGCCCGUACAACUAUGCGGAUAUCUUUUCAGUUCUUACCUUCAGCUGGAUGACGCCCUUGAUGAAGUUCGGAUACAAGAAUUAUCUGACCCAAGAUGACUUGUGGAACCUCCGCCGGCGUGACACCACCCGUGCCACGCUCGAUGAUCUGAGCGAGGCCUGGGAGGAGCAGCUCCAUACUAAGAAGCCGUCUCUUUGGAUUGCCCUCUUCAAGGCGUUUGGUGGCCCGUAUCUUCGUGGAGCCAUUAUUAAGUCGGGAAGUGAUGCGCUCGCUUUUGUUCAGCCGCAGCUGUUGCGCUACCUGAUCACUUUUAUCGAUUCUUACCGAGGCCCUGAACCUCAGCCAGUCAUCCGAGGUGUGGCAAUUGCUCUGGCAAUGUUCCUGGUCUCAGUCGUACAGACUAGCUGUCUCCACCAGUACUUCCAGCGAGCUUUCGACACUGGCAUGCGGGUGAAAUCAUCGCUGACUGCCCUGAUUUAUUCCAAGGCGUUGCGUUUGUCAAGCGAAGGUCGUGCGACCAAGACCACUGGUGACAUUGUGAACCAUAUGGCUGUCGAUCAACAGCGCUUAUCUGAUCUGACUCAAUUCGGUACCCAACUCUUGUCUGCCCCAUUCCAGAUCACUCUGUGCAUGCUUUCACUCUACCAGCUAGUAGGACCCAGCAUGUUCGCUGGUAUCGGUGUGAUGAUUUUCAUGAUCCCGUUGAAUGGUGUCAUUGCGCGCAUGAUGAAGAAGCUGCAGAUUACCCAGAUGAAGAACAAGGAUUCUAGAACCCGUCUCAUGACCGAGAUUCUGAACAACAUCAAGAGCAUUAAGCUUUAUGCAUGGAAUACGGCCUUCAUGAAUAAGCUAAGCCACAUCCGAAACGAUCUGGAGCUCAACACUCUUCGCAAAAUUGGAGCUACUCAAUCUGUUGCCAACUUCACCUGGCAAUCGACUCCUUUCCUAGUGUCUUGCUCAACUUUUACCGUAUUUGUCUUGACCAGUGACAAGCCUCUGACUACUGAAAUCGUGUUCCCUGCCCUGACCCUGUUCAACCUCCUUACGUUCCCUCUCUCCAUUCUGCCUAUGGUCAUUACCUCGGUCAUCGAGUCUACCGUGGCCGUGAAGCGAUUGAUGGAUUACUUGACCGCCGAAGAGUUGCAAACCGACGCGGUUAUCUUCGAGGACCCCGUGGAUCACGCCGGUGACGAGUCCGUCCGCCUCCGUGACGCUUCUUUCACCUGGAACCGCCACACUGGAACUACUGUCCUGGAGAAUAUUGACUUGAGUGCUCGCAAGGGUGAACUCAGCUGUAUUGUUGGUCGUGUCGGAAGCGGCAAGUCUUCCCUGCUGCAAUCUAUUUUGGGUGAACUCUAUAAGAUCGACGGUGAGGUUGUUGUCCGUGGCCGUGUCGCCUAUGUUGCACAGGCACCAUGGGUCAUGAAUGCGAGUGUACGGGAGAACAUUGUGUUUGGUCACCGAUGGGACCCUGACUUCUAUGACCUUACUGUUGAGGCCUGCGCUCUGCUAGACGAUUUCAAGAACCUGCCUGAUGGUGAUCAAACCGAAGUUGGUGAGCGUGGUAUCUCCCUCUCUGGAGGACAGAAGGCACGUUUGACUCUUGCACGUGCCGUGUACGCUCGCGCGGAUAUUUAUCUGCUUGACGAUGUCCUCUCGGCAGUCGAUCAGCAUGUUGGACGUCAUAUCAUCAACAAGGUGCUCGGCCCCUCUGGUAUUCUGAAUAGCAAAACGAGGAUUCUCGCUACCAAUGCGAUCACAGUCCUCAAGGAGGCUGAUUUCAUUGGCUUGAUCCGUGACAAGACUAUCAUUGAGAAGGGUACAUAUGAGCAGCUCAUGGCAAUGAAGGGUGAGAUUUUCAAUCUUGUCCGCACCAAUCUUGCCGAAGCCUCGGAUGACGAGCGCGAGGUUAGUGGCUCCGAAGAUGGCCUUGCUACGAAGGUAUGGAACAGCCAGGCUCUCUCUGUGCCUAUCAAGAGCAACCGGAAGCCUGCCCAGAGGAAGAAUAGCCAUGUCACGCUUCGCCGCGCCAGCACCGCCAGCUGGCAGGGACCGAGACGCAAGCUUGGAGAUGAAGAGAAUAUUAUCAAGUCCAAACAAACCCAGGAGACCAGCGAGCAAGGCAAGGUCAAGUGGAGUGUCUACACUGAAUAUGCCAAGGACAGCAACAUCGUUGCAGUUGGUUUCUAUCUCUUUGCUCUUGUUGCUGCGCAGACCGCCCAGGUGCUUGGUAAUUUCUGGCUGAAGAACUGGACCGAAUACAACGAGGUACACGGUGGCAACGAGAAUGUGGGCAAGUUUAUUGGUGUCUAUCUCGCAUUCGGGUUGGGAUCAUCCCUUCUAGUUAUCAUUCAGAACUUGAUUCUUUGGAUCUUCUGCUCAAUUGAGGCCUCUCGAAAAAUGCAUGAGCGCAUGGCCUUUGCAAUCUUCCGCUCCCCUAUGAAUUUCUUCGAGACUACUCCGUCAGGUCGCAUUCUCAACAGAUUCUCUAGCGAUAUCUACCGCGUGGACGAAGUUCUUGCUCGCACAUUCAACAUGUUGUUCGCCAACUCUGCUCGCGCAGUGUUCACAAUGGCCGUUAUUGCCUCAUCGACCCCAGCCUUCUUGCUCUUCGUUCCCCCGCUGGCCUACAUCUAUCUAAGUUACCAGAAGUACUAUCUUCGCACAUCUCGUGAACUCAAGCGUCUCGACAGUGUCACUCGUAGUCCUAUCUACGCUCAUUUCCAGGAAUCUCUCGGUGGCAUCUGCACCAUCCGCGCUUAUCGCCAAGAGAAACGCUUUGCUCAGGAGAAUGAGUGGCGCAUGGAUGCCAACUUGCGUGCUUACUUCCCGUCUAUCAGCGCUAAUCGCUGGCUUGCUGUUCGACUUGAGUUCAUCGGCUCGAUCAUUAUUCUGGCUUCCGCUGGCCUUGCUAUCACCUCCGUUGCCACUGGCAGCGUGGUCUCUGCAGGCAUGGUUGGUUUAGCCAUGUCCUACGCCCUUCAGAUCACCCAAUCUCUCAACUGGAUUGUUCGCCAGACCGUCGAGGUCGAGACCAAUAUUGUCUCUGUUGAGCGUGUGCUCGAAUACGCCAACCUUCCUAGCGAAGCACCCGACGUGAUUUUCAAGCGUCGCCCUGCCAUUGGUUGGCCUUCCCAGGGUGCUGUUUCUUUCAAGAAUUACAGCACUCGUUAUCGUGAGGGACUCGACUUGGUGCUGAAAGACAUUGACCUUGAUAUCAAGCCCCACGAGAAGAUUGGAGUUGUCGGCCGUACCGGUGCCGGAAAGAGUUCUCUUACACUCGCUCUCUUCCGAAUUAUCGAGCCCACCAGUGGUACCAUUAGCAUCGAUGGCGUUGAUGUGUCUUCCAUUGGCCUAUUUGAUCUUCGUGGUCGACUCGCGAUUAUUCCCCAGGACCCUGCCAUGUUCGAAGGCACACUGCGCGACAAUCUGGAUCCUCGCCAUGUCCAUGAUGACACUGCUCUUUGGAGCGUUCUAGAUCAUGCGAAAUUGAAGGAACAUGUCUCGUCAAUGGAAGGUCAACUUGAUGCGCCGGUUCAAGAAGGAGGAUCCAAUUUGAGUCAAGGACAACGCCAGCUGGUCUCCCUCGCCCGGGCUUUGUUGACACCCAGCAAUAUCCUUGUCCUGGACGAGGCAACCGCCGCGGUCGACGUAGAGACAGACGCGCUGCUCCAGCGCACCCUGCGCAGCAGCAUCUUCCAAGACCGCACAAUCAUCACGAUCGCGCACCGCAUCAACACGAUCAUAGAUUCCGACCGAAUCGUCGUUCUAGACAAGGGUCGAGUGGCUGAAUUCGACACGCCAGCCAACCUGAUCAAGCGAGGUGGUCGCUUCUACGAGCUAGCCAAGGAGGCAGGCUUGCUUGACAGCGACGGUCUCGCCACUUCGCAAAAAUGA